AUGUGUAUCGAACUUCUGCUCUUUCCAAAAUGUCGGCACAAUCAACACCAUUCUGAAGUGACUUUCUUGGAUAGCAAUGCAGAGUAUACAGGUGAAGAAUUCCUUCUUGAACGAUGGGAUGUUCACAUGUUCCCAAAAAGGUGGGCGGAAAAGUCUGAGGAUUUUGUUACUGGCAGGUUCCUUAUCCAAGCCAUGCGCUCCUAUUUGUUCUUUUCCCAGUUGAGUUCUUGGCUCAACUCCACUGGUGGAGUCCUUCCUCUGAAAAUUGCUUAUCGGUUGUAUGCCCCUGGGGAAUCUACCUCCCAUAUAUUCCAAGGGGAAUCUUAUGUCCACCACUUUCCUGCUGCUGAUCUACCCCACAGUACAGUAAAGGUUUGUGUCAGUGCUCUUCAACGGCUAAAAGCCAUUCCUAUCCUUUUGUGCCAAAAACCAAAAGAUCUUUUGGUUCACCGGAAGCCUGUCAAAUUUACAGAUCAAAAACUGAAGGGCAAGCACUCGACAAGACACUAUGUAAAGAACAAAAAAUCAGCUACAAUUUGUGAUAGUGUCAAUAAAAGUGACACCCUUAACUCCAAUCAGGGAACGACUACAACAGAAAAGGUUUUGGCACAUUCAAAAUCCAAAGGUGGUACCAUUAUUGCCAAAGCCCAGCAGUCAAAAUUUCAGCCAUUCUGUGAUGCCCAGCCACAGGCAGUUUUACAAAGUAAGACUUCCUCCCUGCUGCCACCCCCAUCUUCAACUUCAGUACACAGUGUCUUGGAUGACCAAGAUUACUCUGACAGCCUAGCCUCUAAAUUUGCCAAGCUUGAUUUAAAAUCAAACCCACACAACUCGUACACAUCUGCCUCUCGGCAAAUCUUCUCUGAAAAACCACUUGUCUUUCAUGUCAAAGCUGACUCAACCUGUGCGUACAACAAUCAAAAUGUGGAAAACAAAAUGAAACUGCUUCAUAGUCCCAAGGUUUUGCUCACAAACUGUAAUUCUGACACGCAAGCAUAUUACUCAAAGCAACGGCACAAUCCUAGUGAUGAAAAACGGACUAAAGACAGUGAUUGGUACACAACUCUUCUGGGUCAGCCCAGCCUUCAUGAACUGUCCAAACCUUUGACAUCUGACCAAAUUGAGGCAUAUCUGGCCAGUCUUCCAGCUUGGGGAAAUUCAUUGCCUAAGGUCAAACGCACAUGCCUUGAAAACAUUCCAGUCACAAAAUGUAAGUUUCAGAUCGGUGAUGUAAACUCUGAGACCGAGGAUGAAGAAGCAGUUACAAAAACCCCAGAAAAGAUAUCUUCACUGCCAGCGCCAAAGUAUAAGUCUGCAAAUUUGACAGACUCCAACAGUCAGAUUCUGUCCCUGAAAGAAAAAGUGCAGGCCAAAGAGAAAAGCAGGAAUGAUCUUGAAAAAGCUUGUCGAGACAAAGACUUGUCCCCAACCAAACAGUCAUCGGCAGUAUGGUUGGACUUUUCGUCUGAUGGUCCAGCUCAUGCCUCAAACACUGAGGAAUCAUCCGCUGACCAGUUGAUCUCCAAUGGUAAUGUUACUGACAACAGCUUCAGUACUUUGAACACGCUUAGUUCGGAUUGUUUUUCCCCUGAUUGUAAAAACAGAAAUGUUGCCCAUUUGAACGGUGUUGAUUUGGGUCAAAGGCCAUCUCCUCCAUCCUCUCCUGUUGCGGUCAGCAGUCCUGCCCAGCAUUUAUCACCCUAUAAUAAAAAUGUUGAUAGUCUUUAUUUGAAUGGGGUGGAGGUGAAUGGUAAUGCUGUGAAAUGUGAAGGGGAAGAAAAAGAAGUAACAGAGACUGACAACAAUGUUUCAAGUGAAGAAUCUCCACAGAAAAUGCCUCUAAACCAAAUCAAAAGAUCUCUUUAUGCCAGUGUUUUGAGGAAAGAUUUUGCACAGGCUGUUGAAAAGAAAUGUUCCAAGAGAGACGUUCCUUCAAUGGAAGACAUCACAAACUUCCACAAACACCUAAACAAGAGUACGAGUAUGCUAUUCAAUGCCUCGACAGGGUUGCCAACACAGUCAAGUCCAGCACCAGUAAAGAAAAAAUCUGGUCGUUUUGAUUAUGACAGUUCCCUGACAUCUACAAAGGCUAUAAAAAAUGCUUUGUCGUGUUCCAAACUGGUUACAAAAACAAGCUCUUGUGAUGAUAUUGACAAUAAAGAGAAUUCAGAAAAGACUUUUAGCACGAGCGCUCCAGCUUCCACUAAUUGCCUGCUGGGAAAUUUUGAGGAAUCAAUACUAAAUGGUCGUAUUGAACCAAGUGGCGUAGUGGAAGGCUUCACAGCUGAGAUUGGAGCCAGUGGAACAUUUUGUCCAAAACACAUCAGCCUGCCUGUUACUUCUUACUUUUUUAGUCUUUCAGAUGACAAUGCACCGUCACCUUAUUUGGGUCACAUCAACUUGGAAACUUAUUCAAAAAAGGGGUAUCACAUACCUAAAGUCGGAACAGUGCAAGUGACAUUGUUCAACCCAAACAAGACAGUUGUGAAGAUGUUUGUUGUGAUGUAUGAUCUUCAAGACAUGCCAUCCAAUGCCCAGACUUUCAUGCGACAGCGGACAAUGUACAUGCCUGCGGAUGCUGAAAGCCAGGAACCUUCGUAUCUACGAUACUUGAUACAUUUGAGAAUAUCCAGUAGUAGAUCAGGGAAGUUGUACCUACACACUGACAUCCGUCUUAUUUUUGCCAGAGACAAAUUUGAAUAUGAUGCUCGUGUUGCAAAUUAUGAAUUACGAUCGUUUACAGAAGGACCAAAAAAUCCUAAAUUUUCACCAAAGAGAAGACAACAUGGUGUUUUUAAGCUAAACUUUGUAAAUCUCUCCUUUCCUAUCUCUCCUUCUUCCCCUCUCUCUUUCUCCACCUCUCACUCUCUUUCUCCUUCACUUCCCCCUCUCUCUUUCUCUCCUUCAAUUUUCCCUCACUCUUUCUCUCCUUCAAUUUUCCCUCUCUCUUUCUCUCCUUCACUUUCCCUAACUCUCUUUCACUUUCCCUCUCUCAUUCUCGUUCACUCUCCCUCUCUCAUUCUCGUUCACUCUCCCUCUCUCAUUCUCGUUCACUCUCCCUCUCUCAUUCUCGUUCACUCUCCCUCUCUCAUUCUCGUUCACUCUGCCUCUCUCUUUCUCGUUCACUCUGCCUCUCUCUUUCUCAUUCACUCUUUCUUAUUCACUCUCUUUCUUCUUCACUCCCCUCUUUUUUCCUAUAUGUAA